CCUUUUUUCCCCUUUUUUCCUUUUAUUUUUUUCCCUUCCCUUCUCCCCAUUUCCGAUCCAUCCCCAACCCAACCCCACCUUUUUAAAUUCCUUUCCGACCCCCCCCAAAAUAUUUCUAAUCACAACAAACUCCUCUCUCUCUCUCUCUCUCUCUCUCUCUCUCUCUUCUUCUUCUUCCUCGUCGCUUUGUUCUCGCUCUCGUCGCCAUGGCUAUGGCCGGUGAAGAGGUUGGGAAGCCGCCGCCUCAUCAUCUACCCACGUACCCGGAGAUGAUAAUGGCGGCGAUCACGGCGCUGAACGAGCCGAACGGGUCGAACAAGACGUCGAUCUCCAAGUACAUACAGUCGAACUACGGGGAGCUCCCCCCGUCGCACUCGGCGCUGCUCAAGGCGCACCUCAUGCACAUGCGCCAGAACGGGGAGCUUGUAUUCAUCAAGAACAACUACUUCGUCGCCGGCCCCGACGCGCCGCCGAAGCGCGGCCGCGGCCGACCCCCGAAGUCCGAGGCCCGGGGCCCGCCCGGGUUCCGGCCGGCGCCGCCUCGGCGUCCACGUCGUCGUCGGCGGCGGCCAUGAUGGGGGCCGCGCCGCCGCCGCAGCCGGGUAAGAGGGGGAGGGGGCGGCCGCGGAAGGUGAGGCCGGAAGAGGCGAACGACGGGUUCUGAGAGUUUCUGAUCGCAUUUGUGGUGCUUUUCUAUGCCCUCUUCUCCUCCUCCUCCUCCUCUCCCUCUCUCUCUCUCUCACUCUUAUUUGUUCUAUUCUUAAUGUUAGAUUUGCUAAUUGUAGGGAGAUGCAGUGUUAAUUGAAGCGUAUGUUGUGUAAUGUGGAUGCAUAGAUGUACAUUUUUAUGGAAUCGCCUCAUUUGACCUAGUUCGUGAAAACGAUUCAAUGAGAUUAAUCUGAGUAGUUUCCGGCUGUUUGACUUCCUUCUCUUUUUCUGAAAAAGAUGUUCCUUUUUGCUGUUCA